AUGGCCGCCAUCUUCCCAGAGCCGCCGAGUCUGUGGCGGCCGCCGGGGGCCGCGCUGGGCACGCCGGCGCUGGACUUUGUGCGGGUGGACUUCGGAGUCAAAGAGGAGCUGAGGAAGAAAGCCGAGGAGGUGAGCAAGCUUCAGCAUUCGACUUUUCCGCGGCAGGCCUGGGCCUGGUGCGAAGAUGAGGCGCUGGGAGUGCUGCCGGGCAGUGAGGUGCUGCACACCUACAGCUUCCAGCUCUACGAGGACUUCUCCGAGCGCCUCACGGAUCAGGUGAACCCUGACGCGCUUUGCAUCAGUACCACGCCAACGACCAUCCGCUUUAAAUCCGAUAGGGUGCGGGAGGUUCGGGGCCAUGAGAACCGCGCUUUGGUGAGGGACCUCUCGAGGUGCUGGCGCCUGCAAAAAACGGCCAAGGAGGGGUGGGCUGAGCAGAGCUGCUACAACAUUGGCUAUGCCCAUCAGGUGUGCCCCAGUGAAGCCUGGGACGAUUUGCUGGUGGUACGCAGCCAAGAUGUUCAACUGUGGGAUCUGGAGCAGAACGAGGUCGUGAGCACAUGGGACGAGAGGGUCUAUGCUGGGUGCCUUUUGGGCGCUGACAUGAUGAUGUUAGGUGGGGGCGGGGAGCUGCUCUGGCUGGACAUGCGCACCAGGCAGAAGACCACAGCCUGGGGUGGCCCUAAGUUGCCGGACUUGUGCCACGAAGGUUUGAAGUUGCGUGAGCUGUCGCUGUGCCCUUGGCAGCCCUGCCAUCUGGUCGCCACUUCCGUGGGCUCGGCUCAUCUGCUGCUCUUCUUCGACGUGCGGCAGAUGAGCCGGCCGCUGUGGCAGCAGCGCUUGCCGGACCGGCCCAACGCGAACAUCCGGCACGUGGACCAGGGCCACCCGGAGCGCCGCUGGGCGGUGACCUGGGCCUUGGGGGAGUCCAACGGCGCGGAGGCCCGGUGGCUCACCGCGGCGUGCCUGGGGUCCCGAGACAUGGUGGCCACCAGCUGGGUGGGACCCAACCUGGGCGCGUGUGAGCACUCCCUCCACCGGAGCUUCCUGAAGGACAGGUGCGCGGGCCUGCUGGUGCCUCACGUGGCCGGGGGCCGGCAGGCCCUGCCAGUGGUGGCCCUCAUGGAAAAGUCAGGCCCUAUGGGCUUCUGGCUGGAGCCUCCUCGGGAGGGGGGGAGCAGACCGCUGCCUUUCCCGGACGACCUGAAGAAGCGGGGGGCUGCGGAGUUCUCUUUGCUCGACAGCAUUUUGGAAUCCCUGCAGUACCUCAAAGCCUGCAAGGUGAAUGACAACCUGCGGAAGCUCAUCUUCAAACAAAUGCCUGAGGAGUUUACACCACAAAUCAUCAACAGCCCAGAGGGCAUCAACAAGUUUCAGAAGAUCUGCGAUCAUCUUCGCAUUUAUCGGAUCUGGAGACCUGGGCUGGACCCCCGAAUCGUGAAAUUUCACGCGCUUCUUUUCCUCCAAGACCAGGUCCUCUUCAUCGAUGCCAACAACCAGGUCACUGCGGUGCCUGUAGGCGCCCGCCGCAGGCCCGAGCUGCUGCCGGUGGAGCCGGAAGAUCUCGUGGUUUGCCUCUACCGAAACGACACGCCCGUUUGCCACUUCGAGAGCAUCCAUGCGCCCCAUGAGGCGCUCCUCAAGGCCAUGGAGGAGUCGCCCGAGCCCGCGGAGCCCGUGUCGCCGACGGCCCAGCCGGCGUUUUUGAAGCCGGUGAAGCCCGAAACCGACGAGGCGAUCCCGGAGGCGCUGUACUGGCUGCACAGCGAGGCCGACUCCGUGUCGGCGCUGCUGGGUGCUCUGGGGCUCGCGGAGGAAAAGUUGCACGAGGAGUCGGAGGAGGAAAGGAAGAACGCCGCAUGGGACUGGGACAGCGAGGCAGGGCUCUUGGCGCAACGCCAGGCCGAGUUGCUGGCGCAGCCGCCGCCAGGGAAACCUCCGUGGAGGAAGUUCAAAUUCUCGCCUUGGGCGGAGAACGGCUGGGGGAAGUUCUGUGCGGCCCGCAAAGCGGCCGAAGCGGCGGCCGGAGCGGAUCCAGAAGUUGAGCGGCAGGAAGAGGAGGGAGCUGGGCUCGAGGCCGUGUCGGCGCCAAAGUCUCCUGCCGCCGGGAUUGAGGCAGACGAGGAGCAGUGCCUGGCGGUGCUGCAGGCCCUGAAGUUCGGGGAGCCCGCGGCGGCGCUCUCGGUGCCCUUCGCCCAGCGCACCGCCGCGGUGCUGCAGCACCUGGGCGCCCGGCUCUCCGCAGACUGGCGCCUCGCGGAAGGCCCGCGGAGCUCGGAGGUGCUGCACCUCACGGAGCUGGUGAUGCUGGCGCACCAACACGGGCGCCUCAGCUGCGACGUGCCGAGCCCCGGGGCCCAGGCGGCGGUCCGAGUGCUGCUCCGGGCGCUGGUGCGCGCGAACCUGGUGCGCUGCUGCACACAGAUGUUCGAGGAGGGCGCGGCGGAGAUGUACUGCGGCCUGCCAGAGGAAUCGGAAGAUGACCCGGUCAAGCUGCACAGGGAGGAUGUACCGACGGACUUCUUCGAUCCGCAGGACCCCUUUCUUUCCUGGCAGGAACCGGGGCAGGCUUCAAGCCCGGUGUUGCCGCUGGUGGAGGUGGACACGAAGGACAAUCCAGCGGCCCCCGCUCCACGGCAUCAGAACACGGAGGAGGCGGUGGAGAAGGCAUGGGGCAAGAUUGUCAGCAGACUCCCCAGCAAGGAUCUGGAGGUUUUGUCCGCCUGGAUGCGGGAGAAGGGCAGCCUGGACUUCACCAAUGAAGCGGAGCAUGCGAUGAUCUGGGCAAAGCCAACCGCCGCCUUGAGGACGCAGCUGGUGGUUCUGGCCCUGCAGCUGCUGGAGCAGACGUCGGAGGAGAUCCCUAUGCCUUCUGCGCCGCCGCCGAUGCGGGGGGACUGGCCAGAAGCAGACGGGCCAGAGAUGCUGAUGAGAACAUGUGGGACGGCAUGGUGGCGGACCUGGGCUACCUCGUCCCCUCGGCGCCCAACGGCGACUUCCGGACCGAGGCCCCCGGCGCGCAGCACCGCCGCAGCGAGUGGCACCGGUGCGCCGCCAUGUGGCGGCAGAGGCGCGCCAGGCUGCGCGCGAGCGAGGACGAGGAGCAGGAGGAGGAGCAGGAGGAGGAGAGAUGCAACCGCUCCCGGAUGA